GCCACACGGCCCUUUAUGGAUCAGGUUUGACACCCCUGCUUCAGAGCAUGGUGGGGAGGAGGAUACCUCUCCACAACCUCACGUCACCACCAAAUGCACGGACGUCUGCGGUGGAGAUGUGAUGGAUCGCUCCUGCUCUAAGAUAUCUCUUGUAAAAGUGUAUCCAGCUGGCCAUGCUGACAAUGCAGUGAAGAUGUAUGUGAUUUUAGAUGAACAGAGCAACAGAUCACUAGCUCGCUCACAGUUCUUUAAAGUCUUCAAUGACCAAAGUCCAAGUGCUCCUUAUUCAUUAAAAACGUGCUGGAGUAAAGAAAGCGACAGGAAGAAGGGCCAGUGGAUACAUCGUGGAAUCUCUGGAUGGGACUGUAAGCAUCCCACUGCCCAGCCUCAUAGAAUGUGACGACAUUCCAAAUAACAGAGAUGAGAUUCCAACUCCCAAUGCUGCUUUUCAUCAUACACACCUAAAGUCAGUUGCACACCUCAUCCCAGAUAUCGACCAACAGGCCCCAAUUAUGCUCCUUUUAGGUCGGGAUAUUAUCAGAGUGCAUAAGGUGCGCAAACAGAUAAAUGGCCCACACAACCUACCCUAUGCUCAGAAGUUGGACCUGGGAUGGGUCAUCAUGGGUAAUGUAUGUUUAGGUAGCGUUCACAAACCGCCAACAAUCAGCGCCUUCUACACGAACACCUCAGAACGGGGACGUCCAUCCCUCUUUGACCCGUGUCCUAAUGUGUUCCGUGUGAAGGAAAAAUACAGUGACACCUAGGUCACAAACCAUCUCCUAAUACAUUCUGAGGAGAUAUCAAACUGUGAUGUCGACAGCCUUGGACAUAACAUUUUCAAGUAGACCAAAGAUGACAACAAUGUAGCUCCAUCUAUCCAAGACAUCAUCUUCAUGAAAAUAAUGAAAGAAGGACUAACAAAAAAAUGCAAAUAACGGUUGGGUAGCUCCACUUCCCUAUAAAUGCCCACAUCAACGGCUCCCCAAUAACAGGCAAAAGGCAUUGGACUGUCUCAGGUCGCUCAGGCGCAACUUUGAAAGGAAGCCUGAAAUGAGAGACCACUUUCUCAUUUUCAUGGACAGGAUGUUCAAGAAUGGUCACGCUGAGUUAGCCCCUCCUCUCAGUGAGGACGAAGAACAGUGGUACUUGCCAAUAUUUGGAGUGUACCAUCCAAGAAAACCAAAACAAAUACGAGUGGUCUUCGAUUCCAGUGCCCAGUACAAUGGUGUGUUGCUCAACGACGUGCUGUUGACUGGGCCUGAUCUGAACAACACACUGCUCGGUGUACUGAUGCGCUUUAGAAAGGAAGCAAUUGCCUUUACCGCAGACAUAGAACAGAUGUUCUAUUGUUUUUCAGUAAGGGAAAAUGAUAGGAACUUCCUAUGUUUUCUAUGGUUCCAAGACAAUGACCCCUCCAAAGACAUUGUGGAGUACAGAAUGACGGUCCACGUCUUUAGAAACGGUCCCUCGCCCACAGUGGCUAUUCAUGGACUGCACCAGUCUGUUCAGGUCAGUGAGCUACACGUUGACCCUGAUGUUCAAUGUUUUGUGAUGCGUGACUUCUAUGUAGACGACGGGUUAAAGUCCCUGCCCACAGUCGAAGCUGCAGUCAACCUGCUGAAAAGGACACAGGAUGUUCUCUCUAAAUCAAAGCUAAGACUGCACAAGAUUGCAGCAAACAACAAGGAGGUCAUGGAGGCCUUUCCAGCUGAAGAUCGUGCAAAAGAUCUUAAAGACCUUGAUUUCCAUGCAGACACACUGCCAAUGCAGCGCAGUCUUGGAAUCAACUGGGACCUCCAGACCGACUGCUUCCACUUCAGCGUCUCUGAGAUAAAACCCUAUACUCGACGGGGUGUCUUGUCUACAAUUAACAGCCUUUAUGAUCCUCUAGGUUUUGUAGCGCCAGUCACAAUACAAGGCAAGGCCAUUUUGAGAGAACUCACUACUGAGAACAGUGACUGGGACUCGCCCUUGCCCCAAGAAAUGGAGGAAGCAUGGACGUCCUGGAGAGCUUCUUUGAAAGAACUGUCUCAGCUUUCUAUUUCCAGAGCUUACACUACAACUUCACCCUCAGCAGCUAUCAGAAGGGAAUUGUGUGUUUUUUCUGAUGCAUCCACAAAAGCUGUUGCCGCUGUGGCAUAUCUAAAAGUAACUGACUCUGCUGGAAAUAACCAUGUGGGAUUUGUAAUGGGCAAAGCCAAGCUGACCCCUUGUCCUGAGCAAACAAUUCCAAGACUGGAACUUUGUGCAGCAGUGCUUGGAGUGGAGUUAGCAGACUUAAUCUUGGCAGAACUAGACCUUCAGCUUGAUGCUACAACCUUCCACUCAGACAGCAAGGUAGUCCUUGGUUAUAUCUUUAAUGAAACCAGGCAGUUUUAUGUAUAUGUAAGUAACCGGGUAUUACGUAUCCGAAGGUCCUCUCACCCAGAUCAAUGGCGCUACGUGUCAACAGAGCAGAACCUUGCAGACCAUGCUACACGAUCUGUCACUGCAGACUGGCUGAGUGGACCCAAAUUUCUGUACACACUGGAGACAAGUGCCUCGGAGAGCACCUACGAGCUUGUAGACCCGGGUUCAGACCCAGACAUUCGCCCUCUGGUGUCCACUUUGAGUACUACAACAACAUCCAAGCAACUUGGGUCUCAAAGAUUCUCAAAGUUUUCAUCCUGGAAGUCUCUAACUCGGGCUAUAACUCACCUCAUUCACAUAGCCCGUCUUUUCAAUACGAACUUGAAAAAGGACAGUCCUUGUAAGGGCUGGCAUCAUUGCAAAACAGGAUGCACUGUUGGAGUCUGAUCAAGCAUCGCACAUCAUUAUUCGAGCAGUACAGGAGGAAAUCUACAGUCAAGAGAUUAAAGGUAUCCAAAAGCAUGAGCAGAUCCCUAGAAGUAGUCCUCUCAAAAAUCUGGAUCCUUUCAUUGACGCACACGGCCUUCUGAGAGUCGGAGGCCGCCUCCACAAUGCAAAUUUUAGUCAGAGUGAAAAGACUCCAGUGAUUUAUUCCUGGCAAACAUCAGGUUGCAACCUUACUCAUCAAACACCACCAUGAACAGAUCCAUCAUCAAGGCCGUCUGUUUACAGAAGGGGCUGUCCAUACAGCUGGCCUUUGGAUAGUUGGUGGCAAGAGAAAAGUGAGCAGCAUCAUUCACCAGUGUAUAACCUGUAGAAGGCUUAGAGCCCCACUUACAAUUCAAAAGAUGGCCAGUCUUCCAGCAGAUUGUCUCUCGACAGAAGCUCCCUUUACAAAUGUCGGGCUUGAUGUGUUUGGCCCUUGGAGCGUCUCUUCACGUAGAAGAAGAGGAGGCCUUUCACACAGUAAACGGUGGGCUGUAAUCUUUACGUGUAUGAGUGUAAGAGCAGUUCAUAUUGAAGUCAUAGAAUCCCUUGACACAUCCAGCUUCAUCAACGCACUAAGGCGCUUUCUUGCUGUGCGCGGUCCAGUCAAACACAUCCGCUCGGACCAUGGCACCAACUUUGUUGGUGCCUGCAAGGAGUUGAAGAUACCCUCAAAUAUUGACGACAUAACUGUGAAAACUUACCUGUCAGGCCAAGGUUGUUCUUGGACCUUUAACCCUCCGCACGCUUCCCAUUUUGGCGGUACAUGGGAAAGAAUGAUUGGUCUUGCAAGGAGAAUUUUGGAUUAGAAGUUCCUUCAGCUGAAGGACAAACUUACCCAUGAGGUGCUGGUGACUUUCAUGGCAGAAGUGGCAGCCAUUAUCAAUGGCAGGCCUCUUGUUCCUGUGACAACUGACUCUAAAGACCCAUUUAUACUCACUCCAGCUGCUCUUCUCACUCAAAAAGUAAACAUCCUUUCUGCUCCUACAGGAGAGUUUGGAGGUUCAGACCUCUACAAGCACCAGUGGCGGCAGGUCCAGCACCUGUCCAAAACCUUCUGGGACAGGUGGCGAAAGCAAUACCUCCCAACACUACAAGCAUGCAAGAAGUGGCAGUUUACUCAUCCAAACAUCAAUCCAGGAAGUGUUGUUCUCCUCAAAGACAGUCAAGUACCAAGAAAUGAAUGGCCUCUUGGACUGGUAACACAGACCUUUCCUAGCGAAGACGGGAAGGUGAGAAAGGUUGAGGUCAAGGUCACAAGGACAGGGGUUACCAAACUCUUUCUUAGGCCUGUUUGUGAGAUAGUACUUCUCCCCCCCCCCCCCAGAGGCCCAGUGAAAUAGACUGUCUAGGAUUUAUUUAGUGGCCUGUAUUCAUGCCAGGCGGGGAGUGUUUUGUUACAAUUGUUAAAUGAGCGUUUUGUACAUUUUAUUUUGGAACAGGAAAUUACCUGCAACAUGUCAGGUGACUUAAACCAGGAAGUAAAAAGAAGGGCAGGGCUCAGAGCCAUUGUUUGUCAUUUUUCCAAUCCUUUUGAAUCUGCCUGCAUCUUAUGCCCUUUGAUAGCAUCGUUGUUUUACUCUUUCUUACGUCAUUAAACCUGUGGAUAAUGGACAACUGUCUCCAGAGUCGUGAUGUCAGGAAGGAGUUUGUCUAACUGCCAAGGUGUAUCACAGCACAUAUACUGAGGGCAGCAUAAUCGUAUUCAGUCUUGUAGGUUGGUUAUUGUGGCCUCAGGCUUUGGUAACUUGCUAAGGUAUGCUGACUGAUUAGCUUACCUGAGUUAUCUAUCGCGUAUCUGUCGCUAGUUUGCAGUGUACAGGGUAUU